UAAAAACUGAGACAAUCAGAUUCGGAAGACCUCUUAUGCUCAGCACCAAUAGGUCCACCAAAUUCUGAAAAAGAUGAUGGAGAUCAUGACCCGAGAGGUGCAGACAAAUGACUUGAAAGAAAUGGCCAAUAAAUUGAUUGCAGAUAGCAUCAGAAAAGACAUAGCAUCAGAAAAGCCUUACCAGUCUAUUUAUCCACUCCAUGAUAUCUUUGUCAGAAAAGUCAAAGUGCUGAAGAAGCUCAAGUUUGAAUUGGGAGAGCUCAUGGAGCUUCAUGGGGAAGGUAGUAGUUCUGGCAAAGCUACUGAGGACGAGACCAGUGCCAUAUUGAACGAGCUGAUGGAUAUGAGUCUUAAACAGUCCAAGAAUCUGUUCAAAAUUCAGACAUUUAAUGGUGACAAAAAGUCUUAUGUGUGAUGUUUAAUUAUCGAUCACUCUUUUUAAAUAAUCUAAGCUUGGUGAAUUCGA